AUAAAUACAAAAGCGGUGGAAAGUUGAAGAGUUGAUAAGAAACUGGAGACUCAAUACCCCCCAUACUCUUUCUGUCCAAAGAAACCGACGAAGAAGAAGAGCAAGAAACGAACCUCCUUCCUUUUCUUUAUAAUAACGCUUCCUCUUUUUUUCAUUCCCUGGAGGAAUCCAUUAUUACUACCACUACUGUUGUUGUUAAGCUCUGAAGCUGGGCCAAAAAUGGCGGCCUAAUCUUCUUCUUCUUGUGAUUAAACAUUCAUUCACUUUCCAUUUCCUUCUCCAUUAACUCACCAAGAAUCAAUCAAAAACGUGAUUGGCCCCCCCAAUUCUCUCUUUCUUGUUCAUGCUGUUAUUGUGUAAGCUUUAAUUGCCCUCCCCCCUACCCCUACCCCUCCUUCCCUGCUAUAUAAUUUCUCCACCAUAUCUGGCUGUAGAGGAGAUUAAUUCUCAUAUAGCUAUGGCUGUUCAAGCUCAAUACCCUUCCAAUAAUGUCUUCUUCUUCAACACCAACACCAACAACAACAACAGGUUUGUCUUUUCGUCUUUCUCGCCUUCGAAAUGGUUUCUCAGGUUUGUUUGUUGAAUCUAUCUCUGUCUAUGUAAUCAGGGGUUUGCAGGAUGGGAAGAACAAUGAAUGUUCUUUGGUUGAUCAGGACUCUAUCAGAUUGGUUCCUACAGAUGGUGUGGGGAAUUCGAGGAAGAGGGCUAGAGAAAACGAGAUCAACGUCAUUGCCGCCAUGAAUAGACCGCUGCAGCCUCCGUCGCCGGCGGUUGUCGAUCUCGGCCGGCGGCAGACGUCGCCUCCACGGCCUCACGUCGUGUCCACAGGCCUGCGUCUGGCGUUCGGAGAUCAACAAUCGCAGCAUCGGAUUCAACAGAACUCCGUUUCUCCUCCCUUCUCCCAAUCGUCUCUUCUGUUUUCGACAUUGGCGGAUGAUUUGAACGCUCAUCUCAAACAGCAGUCCGAUGAAAUCGAUCGAUUUCUCAUCGCUCAGGGGGAGAUAUUAAGGCGGACGUUGGAGGAGAAUAGGAAGAGGCAGUACCGUGCUUUGAUCGGAGCGGCGGAGGAGGCGAUCUCCCUGCGGCUGAAGGAGAAACAGGUUGAGAUGGAGAAGGCGGCGAGGCGUAACUCGGAGCUACACGCCCGGAUGGCUCAGUUGAGCGCCGAGUCACAAGCCUGGCAGGCGAGAGCCAGGUCGCAGGAGGCGACGGCGGCGGCGAUUCAGGCGCAGAUGCAGCAGGUGAUGGCGAGUGCUAACCGCCGCGGAGGAGACGGCAACGCUGCGACGGUGGUCUGUGCGGGCGGAGACACCGAGGAUGCCGAGUCUGCGUACAUUGACCCGGAUAGGAUCGCCGCCGCCUCGGUCGGACCGAGUUGCCGGGCGUGUCACCACCGAGUCGCUUCCGCGGUGGUGCUGCCGUGCCGUCAUCUCUGCCUCUGUGCGGCGUGCGAUGCGGCGGCUCAGGCGUGUCCUGUUUGCCUCUCCGUUAAAAGCUCCAGCGUGGAAGUGUUUUUCUGCUAGAGAAGGCCCAUUUUUAGGCCUCGGUCUAUCGCGAACCAGCCCACUAACAAGGAAAAGGCCCAAACUUGCUAUUUUAAAAGAGCAGAGUAAAAUAUGCAAAAAAAAGGAAGGAAAAAUGGAUAUAUAUUGAAUAUAAAUAAUAAACAAACAUAAUU